AUGGAAGGCCCUCAACGUCGUCGUCGCCCAGCUGCGACUUACGGAAAGUCAACCAAAAAGCGAUACGCGGAUGUGGUUUGUGGCGAUAUCUUCACAUCUACAGAUUCACCGAAAGAGCUGGAGGAGUUAUCGGGGGAGGAGCAGCAGCAGCAACAUCAACGAAACAACUCAAAGGGAGACCCUACAAUAACUACAACAAAGACAGUUAAGGCGCGGAAAAACCAACAGAUAAUAAACGACCCCCCCUCAAACCGUAUUGGUGGGGCAAGCCUACUGCUGAAGGAUGGUCAGAAGAAGGCCCAAGCCACAUUGAAGGGAAAGAAUAAACGACCCAUCGCAAAUUCUGCUGUAACCAGUCCCCCAAAACAUCAUAAAGUCUUUGACUUUACCCCAAGUGAUGACGAUGACAAUAUUCCCCAGCCUCAAGUAGAAGAUACAUGGCGUCAUAAAGGCAUUGACGAAUUUGAUGUUCCAUCUAGUGGCGACGAAGAAUCUUUCGCCGUGCGAAAGAAGCCUCUACCGAAUCAGUUACCCAGAGCUCCCAAUACUUCUGUUAAUACCAGCAUGAGAAGAUUUACGAAGGAAACCAAGAAAGGAAGGGAUGGCUUGUCUUCUCAAGACCCCAAACUUGUUCGUAAUAAUUCUACUUCAAGAAGGGACGAGAACCAGGCAGCAAACAGCAAAGACGGCGGCAGAGACACAACUAAAAUCAAGAGGCUCCCUCCAACCAAACCCUUGACCGAUGUUCCAAAGGCAGUUUCUAAACUGGACGAAAUCUCUAAAGCUCCGAAGCCUGCGAAAAAGUCUCUCAAGGCUUCAAACGAAGUACAUCCAAAGUCGAAAAAAGCAUUACAUAAGCUUAGUACGAGUUCUGAACAAAGGCCCCGGAGACAGCCGUCACUUGAACCGGACAUCAUGACGGAACAUUUAUCUGAACAAACCGUUCGUCAAGCCCGAACGAAGUCGACUCAGACAAAACCUAAGAUUAACCUUUCUAAUGAACCUGCUAAACCUGUUGCUCCGCCAGUGAUUUCUGAUGAGACACCAUUAUCUCCACUAUUAUCUCAACAAGAUCGUCGAGAUUCGGUCCCUUAUUCUCCUGGCAUAUUUGCACACGUCGAUGGGUUAUCCAACAGAAAUCCUAAACAAGAAGGAGAAUCCAAAGGAGCUAAGAGGGUUCCGAGGUUUUCGGAGAUAUUUCAAAGUGGUGGUGAUGAACUACCAGCUCCCCAGCGCAGGAGGCUCAUAGAUAGACUUGGGGCCGGAAAGUCUGAUUAUCCAAUGAUGUCGUCGUCCGAAUCAGAGAGCAGUGAUGAGGAUUUGGAUGAAUAUACCUAUCAUGCUCAACAAUCCACAUCACAACCCCAGAAUCUAUUCGAUUCACAACCAGGGGUUGAUAUUGCAAUGGAGGAGUUACAGUUCACAAUCGGACCCACCGCCAAACCAGUUUAUAAUAAUGGCGGCCCAAAAGUUACUUAUGCGCGGCAACGGUCUUUUCGAACGGAAGAGUUUGAUGAAAAUACCAUGUUCAAUGUGCCGCUUGUGAUGUCACAACAAUCCUUCGGGAGCAAACGCAAUGAUGGCAUGGAAGAUGAGGACUUGGAGGGUGAAACUGGGUCUAAAAUGAUGAAGACUAUCCAUGAGCUGCGUGAGGCCGGGGUGAACAACCGUUUCCUGGAUGAUAUCGAGGAACUAUUCGGUGAUAUUGAGGGAGACAGCCCUCUAAGUAGGCGGAGGUCUGGUUAUCUGGAACUAGCUGGGAAAAUGCGAGAAAAAAGCUUCAUCAGCAAGUUCCGUGCCAAUAAUUUCACAGAAAGAUUGUUUACAAAGCUCAACAAGCAGACUGAUGAGAUCGUUUGCUUUAGCUUGUCUUACAUCCUUUGCUGCCUCUUGCUUGAAGACUCCACGGUGCAAAUAGCUUCCCAGGCUCGUAAAAACGGCUCAAUUCCGAUGCUUGUUCGUAUGCUUGAUUUUGAAAGGGAUAUUUAUAUCAUCGCCAAAGACCGGAAAACAAAUAUUUCGAAAGCCACACAGAGUAUGGUCCAGGAUCUCCGUGUGCAGGUUGAAAAAUCACCCAUUUUUUCCAACAGGCGGCCAAAAAUCCUCUCACCGCAAGUUAUAGCUCUUAAAGUAUUAGAACAAUCUGUGAGAAAGCUUAGAGAAGCUGGUGUUGGUGAUGAUGUUUUAUCUGCUGGUGGGUUGGGGAAAUUAGUGCAUAUUUUGAAUCCAUUCGCUAUUACAAAUUUCAAGGGCGUUGAGAAAGCCCGGGACACUUUUGUGCUCGAGCUUGCCGUAUCAACCCUGGAAUCCCAUGCGGUUGGGAGCCGGGUUCCUGCAGAGCAGCAAUUUUCUCCUUCGGAACUUAAGAUUGUGGCGGCCCUUAUUCCGUCUGUGAUCAAGAUGGAAACGAGCGAUGUCAACGAUAUUUUAUUGCUGAUUUUACGAUUCACUAUCAAUCUCACGAACAACCGUGCGUCGAUCUGUAAUACAUUCGCCGAGUCAUCGCUCAUCUCAGUAUUGGUGGGGAUGGUAUGUACCAAAUUCGACGAUUUGGCGGAUCUUAGUCUCGAAAUGAACGAACGUCUCGUAAAGCUAGAUCUGUUGAUUCUUAGUUUGGGGCUUCUAAUCAACUUCGCGGAGCUGAGUGACAGGGCCAGAUGCGCCGUAGAUGAUCGAGGUACCCCAGAAGAUGAGAAGACACUCCUUGAUGAGCUACUUCAUAUAUAUCUUGAACGACAGGAACGGGCAGCGGAGGCUGAUUCGGAAGAAGAAUCCCAAUCCAAUGUUGCAUUCGGAUAUCUUUCAAUUUUACUGGGAAAUCUGUGCCAAAAUAGUAAUAUCCAGGAGAAAGUACGACUAAGGAUGCCGAACGCUACGCUCCAACCCCUCUUCAAUUCUCUUGAAGAAUUCAUCGCGCAUCACCGGAAGGUGGAUGACCAAUACGAGAAUUAUGAUGAUGGUCCAAAUGCGGCAUUCACAGAAAGGCUGGAGCAGAUGGUCAGGAGAUUAAGGAAAGGAUAA